AGUUGUCUUAAGAGCUCUUCCCAACCAUAUACUUUACGUUGGUUUUUCCAAUUUCCACUACUGAUAGCUACUAUCUCCAUUAUGGAGUAAUCUUUGCUCAAUUGCUCCAUCACCAAUCACCAUAACUAGGUCCCAUUCUUCUUUCUACCCUAAAAGUCUUCAAUCUACACUAAUCACUACUUAAACUUAUAAUCAAAUUUGCAGAACCAAAAUUUAUCUACCCAGAAAAAAACUCAAAGCACCCAGAAAAGAAAAUGGAACAAAAUCAAUUAUUAUUAACAAAAACAUUCAUCUUCUUCAUCUUCUUCACAAUUUCAUCUUCUACAGAUAUCCCAGUAGGGUCCACUCUUUCAGCUUCAAACUCAACUCAAAAAUGGUCUUCUACAAAUAACACUUUCUCUCUCCAAUUUCUCCCUCUUAAUUCUUCUUAUUUUUCUCUAUGUAUUACUUAUGAUUCUCUUCAAAUUUGGUCGAUUUCAACCGAAGCAGAUUCCGGCGCAACUUUCUCAUUUCUCGCCGACGGAAACUUGCGCCUAAAUUCCGGCGCUGGAAAUAUUUUAUGGCAAUCUAACACUUCAAAUUCCGGCGUUUCACAUGCUACAAUUGAUGAUUCUGGUAAUUUCUUGCUUAAAAAUCGGUCUAAUUUUGUAGUUUGGUCUACUUUUGAUAAUCCUACUGAUACUAUUGUUCAAUCUCAGAAUUUUACUGUUGGGAUGGUUUUAUCAUCUGGGUCUUACUCGUUUUUCUUAAAUAGAACUGGGAAUUUGACUUUGCAAUGGAAUAAUAAUGUUGUUUAUUGGAGUUUAGGGUUGAAUGCUUCUAUUAAUGCUAAUUUAAGUAACCCUAGAUUAGGGCUUCAAUCACUUGGGAUUUUGCAACUUUAUGAUGCUAGUAUACGUGGGUCAGUAAUUAUGGCUUAUGGGAGUGAUUAUGCUGAAUCUGGAGAUUUUUUGAGGUUUUUAAGGUUGGAUAAUGAUGGGAAUUUGAGGAUUUAUAGUUUUAGUAGAGGAAGUGGGAAUGCUAUUGUGAGGUGGACUGCUGUUAAUGAUCAAUGUCAAGUUUUUGGGUAUUGUGGGAAUAUGGGUGUUUGUAGUUACAAUGAUACUGGCCCUGUUUGUGGGUGCCCGUCUGAGAAUUUCGAUUUUGUUGAUCCGAAUGAUAGUACGAGAGGGUGUAGGUUGAAGAGGGAGAUUAGUGAUUGUCCUGGGAGUGUGGCAAUGUUGCAGAUGGAUCAUACGAAGUUUCUUACGUAUUAUCCGGAGACUACGAAUGAUCUCUACUAUGUUGGUAUUUCAGCGUGUAGGGGGAAUUGUCUUUCGGGUUCUUCUUGUGUAGCUUCGACAAUUUUGGCUGAUGGAUCGGGGCAGUGUUAUAUUAAGACUGCGAGUUUUGUUAGUGGUUAUCAGUCUGCUGCUCUUCCUAGCACCUCUUAUGUUAAGGUUUGUAACCCAAUCCUACCAAACCCUCCUCCUUCCUCUGAGGAAGGAAGAGAAAAGGACAAGCUGAAAGGUUGGAUUGUGGCAGUGGUUGUUUUAGGCACCCUUGCGGCAUUGAUACUUUUAGAGGGCAGUGUUUGGUGGUGGUGCUGUAGAAAGAGUCCUAAAUUUGGAGGUGUAUCAGCUCAGUAUGCACUUCUGGAGUAUGCAUCAGGUGCACCUGUGCAGUUUUCGUACAAAGACCUCCAGCAGGCUACAAGAAAUUUCAAGGAGAAACUUGGGGAAGGAGGAUUUGGGGUGGUCUAUAAGGGAGUACUUGCGAAUAGAACAGUUGCUGCAGUGAAGCAGCUCGAGGGUAUUGAGCAGGGGGAGAAACAAUUUAGAAUGGAGGUAGCUACCAUAAGUAGCACCCAUCAUUUAAAUUUGGUUAGGCUGAUAGGGUUCUGCUCUGAGAGUCGACACAGGCUUCUGGUUUAUGAGUUCAUGAAAAAUGGGUCGCUUGAUAGUUUCCUCUUCGCAACGGGGGAUGAAUCUGGGAGACUUUUGAAUUGGGAGCAUCGGUUCAAUAUUGCCUUGGGAACUGCAAGAGGAAUCACUUAUCUUCAUGAGGAAUGCCGGGAUUGCAUUGUACAUUGUGAUAUAAAACCAGAAAACAUUCUCUUAGAUGAUAACUACAAUGCCAAAGUUUCCGAUUUUGGCCUUGCUAAGCUUGUAAACCCGAAAGACCAUCGACACCGGACCCUCACCAGUGUGAGAGGUACAAGGGGGUACUUGGCCCCUGAAUGGCUUGCCAAUCUACCAAUAACAUCGAAAUCUGAUGUUUAUAGUUUUGGUAUGGUGUUGCUGGAGAUAGUAAGUGGAAGAAGGAACUUUGAAGUGUCAAAUGAAACAAACAGGAAGAAGUUCUCUGUUUGGGCAUAUGAGGAGUAUGAGAAGGGUAAUGUAGGAAGUAUACUAGACACGAGGCUUGCUGAUUUUGAAGUGGAUUUGGAUCAAGUGACAAGAGCAAUUCAAGUUAGCUUUUGGUGUAUACAAGAACAACCAUCUCAAAGGCCUAUGAUGGGAAAAGUUGUGCAGAUGUUGGAAGGCAUAAUGGAGAUUGGAAAGCCCCCCGCCCCAAAGGCAGCACCCGAUGGUUCAAUCAGCGGGACUAGCUUGAACAUGAGUGGUAGUAUUUCCACUUUUGCCACUUCAGCCCCUGGUCUGUCAUCAUCAUCAUCAUUCCAAACUCCGGUAGCUCAAUCUUCGAUGAAUGUGGAGAGGCCUACUUCAUCUCUUAUUCAUUCAAAGAGAGAAAAUCUCAUAAUCAACUGAGUGGUUUUUGUUACUCAUGUAAUAAAUCUUUAGCAGUAGUUCUUAAUUAGUAGCUAAACAAUCAUUAGAGUUAAAUUUAUUUUCCCAAUGGGAGUACUGUAAUAUAGUUUUUGUCUCACAUAUUUCUUAGUGUAAAUCCUUUGUUUCUUCAAGUUGUUUUUGGGGAUAGUUUGUCAGGCUAGUGCAUUUUGCCUA